AUGGCAACUCUGGUACACACAAUCGACGUUCACAAAAGUGACGUGAACUGGUGUUCUUUUUCUACCAAGUACUUGGCGACAUGCUCGGGAGAUAAAACAGUCCGAUUAUGGAACAUCGAUGAUUUCUCCGAAGUGAGUUGCUCUCCCUUGAACGGGCAUGAAUACUACGUACACUGCUGUUGCUUCAGUCCCUUCGGCACUCUGCUGGCUUCUUGCUCAACCGACGGGAAAAUCAUCAUAUGGGAUCCCAAAACUGGAGAUAAACAAUCUGUGUUGAGCCACAAAAGCAAAGCCAUUAUCCGUGUUUGUGUUUUUUCACCGAAUUCACAAUUUCUUGUGUCCGGGGGAGCAGACAAUAUGCUAUGCUUAUGGGAUGUAUCCACAAGGAAAUGCGUUCGUGUCUUUGAAGGUCACGAGAAUACAGUGGAAUCAUGUUCCUUUACACCGGACAGCAACUACCUGGUAUCCGGAUCUUCCGAUGGUGAUAUCCGUGUCUGGGAUGCAAGGUUUGGUCAAAGUCGCUGUUUGUUUUAUACUGGUAAUGAGGAUGUACAUGAAUUGGGAGUGUCCUGUAUUGUGUGCUCGCCCACGUUCGGAACAGCAAAUCGAAGUUUUGCUGCUAGCAACCCUGGUUUAAGGCAUUUCCUAAUGGCUACUUGUGGUGGUGAUAAUCUUGUCAAACUCUGGGAUUUAUACACAGAACCAGAUUGUACAGUAAAACUACGCUGUAUAUUAGAGGGUCACUCUGGCACAGUCAUGGCAUGCACUUUUUCUCUGGAUGGUAAAAUGCUGGCUUCUGG